AACGUUAACCUUUUUUAUGAUAGAUUAAGUAAGUUCAGAUUAUCCAAUAUGUUUUGAGAGUUAUGUAUUUUACAAUCGGUAAAUUGUUAAAAAUCAAAUCUAGUAUUAUCUUAAAAGUUUACAUAUCCAAACAAUUCGGCCUUUUUAUUGAUAUUGAUGGGGUAGUUACUCGAGGUAGAGAUGUACUUCCUCCUGCUAAAAAAGCUUUUGAAACUAUGAUUGAUUCUUCUAAAUUAUUAAACCAACCAUUGGUAUUUCUAACAAAUUCAGGUACAAGUUCUACAGAAGAAAAAUCUAAUUAUUUAACUAAACUUUUGGAUAUUCAUGUUAACCCAUCACAAAUUAUAAUGAGUUAUAGACCAUUGGAUUUAUUCAAAAAAUUUUCUACCAAAAAUACACUUAUUUCUGGACAAGGGCCUAUUGAAAACAUUGCAACUAUAAUGGGUAUUAAGAACCUGAUUACAAUUGAACAACUCUCAAAAUCAUAUCCAUUAUUAGAUAUGAUGGCAAAUGCAAGACGAGAAAUUAUAGUAAAGGAUAACAUGAAAAGCAUCUUGCCAAGAAUUGAAGCAAUUGUACUAUUUGGUGAGCCCGUCAAUUGGGAAACGAGCCUACAAUUAAUUAUCGAUGUCCUUUUAACAGAUGGUUAUAUAGAUAAAAAAUUCGAAAUGUUUCCUUAUCCCCAUAUACCCAUAAUUUCAUGCAACUCAGAUUUUAUAUGGAUGGCUCAAUGGAAAAACCCAAGGCUUGGCCAUGGCGCCUUUUUAUCAUGCCUGGAAUCCCUUUACAAAAAAAUGACUGGGAAAGAAUUGAUAUAUUCUGCUAUUUUGGGUAAGCCUAACGUGUUAAACUAUCUAUACGCUGAAAAAAUAUUAUACGAAAACGCUAAGAAAAUUAACCAGCAUCAUCAUUCAAACCCAAGCAAUAUACAAACAAUAUAUGCUAUAGGUGACAAUAUAGAAUCCGACAUUGUAGGAGGUAAUAUUUACAACAAAUUACUCGACAAGAAAAUCGAAAAAUCUCGCACACAACAUUCUGAUUUCUCUUAUCAACAUUUAUUACAUGAUAAAAAUUAUGUCGAUUUGGUAGAUUGGACUCAAUUAUCGGAUUUAGAUACAAGUCAUGUAACUCAAUGUAAAACGAUACUAGUACAAACGGGCGUUUUCCACUCAAAUUUGGAUGAGGAAAGGGAAAAGGCAUAUAAAUUAUCGUACAAUCAUAGGGAUACUAAGGCUGAUCCCUCUAUGAAAAGGGCUGAUUAUGUUGUUAAAGAUUUGAUGGAAGCACUAAAGCUUAUACGCAAAAUUGAGGCAUAAUAAUUCUUUUUAUUAAAACAAAAUAUGUGUAAUAUAUUAAAUUAUAUAGGGAAUUUUAUGGAUAGUUAAAUAUUUAUAAAAUUUGUAAAUAAUUUUUCGAUAGUUAAAAUAUUUAUCACUUCACUAUCAUUAAUCAUAUAAUGAUAUAUAUACAUUAGCCAUAAAUUAAAUGCUCGAUUAAUA